AUGGAGAAGGAUAAACCUAUUGUUUUUCCAGAUUCCGGCAAAAUUCGGGCUCGAGGAAUCUUGUGGCGCCCAGCGAGGGUGGCGUUCUCCGGAUUGAUGCGUCAGGUGCUCCUCGAAGAGAGGACGCUGCUUCCAACACAUAAAGCAUCUCGCCUCCUACAGAGUACCCGAAGACUGUCGGAGGGCUCACAUCGAGAGGGCGGUGCCGGAGACCCCGCCCCACGGUUUCCAGGGAUGCCACAACGAAUACCAUGGGAAUUCCCGAAGUUGAUCUUCCUAUUUUUCUACCUUGCCCUCGCUGGCAGCAGUAAUUGGGCCGUAUUUUCAUUUACACAUGACCGAGCGGGCAGAGAACCCCUCCCGGAUAUACUCUUCGAUUUCUUCGAACGGACCCUAGGCAUGCCGGAACAGGAAUGGGCGGCCAGAUGGGGCGACUAUUCAGUUACGGCAAAUAUUGUUUGCUUAGUUGCGCUUUUAAUCUUCCACCGAUACCGGUUUCUCAUCGUCCGGAGGGCAUUUUUCAUUGCCGGGACCUUGUACAGUAUGAGAUCCGUCUCGUUGCUAGUGACACAGUUGCCCCCAGGUUAUACAGACAACUAUGCCCGGUGUCGAGGUCACGAAAACGCGAGUUGGACCACAUUCUGGGACCGACUCGGAGAGCAGACGAUCCGCAUGGGAUUCCAAGCAAAAGCAGGGAUGCUUUGCGGAGAUCUCCUCUUCUCCGGCCAUACCCUUGUCAUGAUGACCUGCACACUGUCCGUCUACCACUAUUUGCCAAAGAAGUGGAAGCUACUGGCGGCCGUCCCUUCUUUGAUAUCCUUGUUUGGGAUGUCGUGUCUGAUCAUCUCGCAUACGCACUACACCAUUGACGUCAUUUUUGCGUAUUGGUUGACGAACUUUGUGUUUAUGGUAUAUCACGCGUACGUUGAGGGCGACAUUUUUGUCGAGCGAAAACAGUCGGUGCUGCACGGGAUGCUGAUUAUGAAGAUUGUAUAUUGGUUGGAGGAGAAGAUUAUACCUGGAAAGGUCGACAAUACGUUAGCGAUUCCGUUCGCCAGUUUAUUCGGCCAUCGAUCGCCGGGGCACCAAAAACAAAUCUCCGUGAGCUCCGCUUCGACUUUCGGCUCCGGCACCCCAUUCUGCAACGCA